GCAAAAAAAGAAGAGCAAAUUAAGCUGCAGAAUGUGUCCUUUUCCAAGAUUUUGAUGGCCAAGAACUGAGCUGUGGAUGGAUUGGAUGGAUGCAGAAAACCCACCGGUGGACAAGAGGAAUUCAACUAUUGGAGAUAGGGCGACAUGGACAGCGAUGUCAAACGCUAGUGGCAGUCACUCCAUCUAUCCAGCCAGCUCGGCUCAUUUCAUCAGAGAGAGAGAGAGAGAGAGAGAGAGAGAGAGAUAGAGAAAGGACGAAAGGAAGGAAUUUUGCAUGGAUCAGUGGAGCAGAGAAUUCGGUGUUUAUUUGAUUGUUUGAGCAGAGCAGAGCAAUUCUUGGUUCAUGUAGUGUAUGCAUCUUGCCCACAGUGGAGUGAAGUAUCGUUCUGUAGUAGUAGUAGUGUGAUCCGCAAGGCUCAGGUAGAGGGAGUGCCCUCCAGGUGUUCGAUCAUUUGCCUGAAAGAAUCCAUAUCCUCUUCUGUGCUACUGUGAGAUGUUUGUGUGGUGAUUUUGGAUGCCAAGAUAACUUCUUUCUUGUGUAUGUCGCAAGAGAAGUGAGGAACCUGAACUCUUCUGACCGGAUUUAAUUGUUCGUCUUGAUCGACAUGCAGGAAUAAUAACAGAAAGAAAACUACAAGAGCGGGGGCAACUAGGAGAUGCAGACAUGCAGUUCCUCGAUGGGUGAUUCCUGGUGUCCUUGUACUCAGCCAACCAUUUGGCACAAGGGGAAUGCUUUGCCGGUAUUCUCCAUCAUCAGGAACAUUUCUUUCAGAAGAGCUGCUGACCUGCAAGAUAUGUAUGAGUUUGUGGUAAAAUGGGCAGAGAGAAACGCGCUUAUCAGUGUGUCACCACAAGGACUAAGGAACUAUCUGAUGGUCAGAAAAUGUCACAGAACAAAGAAAAGCAGAGAAGGGAGCAAACUCACUUUCAGGAAAAGACUGAAGCGGACUGAGGUUUCAACUGGAGCUCCAAUAGCUACUAAAUUCCCCACCAAGACACAAGAAACUACCUUAGUAGUAUGCACUAGAGGUAGCUACAGCUUGGGAGGAUCCAUGAAGAACUCUUCAGUUGCACCAAGGCUGAAACAGGAGAAACAAGAUGACUGUAAGUUUCAGGAAGGUGAUCUGAACAGCCUUGAGCUUAGGCUUGGCAUCUCUUCAGACAAUUGCCCGAGUGGUGAUGCUGCUAGUCCAUGGCUUGGUGUGGGAGUGCACCCUUGGAGCCUGGCUUCCAGGCAAGCAAAGUCAGCCUUGGAGUUGGAGCAAGCUUACCACAGGCCUAAUGAAUGUGCUGUCCAAAGAGAAAACCGCCCUGCUGCAUCAGCUCAGCUGGUGGGAUGGCCACCGGUGCGCGCAUUCCGCAAGAACCUGUCCACCCCCAAAACUGCAGAUGCAGAGGACCCGAGCAAGGUGAAGCUCUGCUCUGAUGAAGGCCAUGGCUCCAUAGAUGCAACACAGGAGAGGAGGCCAUUAUCGACCAUGUUUGUGAAGGUGAACCUGGAGGGCUACGCUGUCGGAAGGAAGAUCGACCUGAAGGCGCACCGCAGCUAUGACUCGCUGUCCCGGGCUCUGCAGAGCAUGUUCCAUGGCUUCCUGUCAGAUGGCAUUGCAACUAGAGACGAUGAGCAGCAGCAGCAGCUGGAGAAGGGCACCAAGAAGAAGAGGUACGUUCUUGUGUACGAGGACAACGAGGGUGACCGGAUGCUCGUCGGCGACGUCCCAUGGGAGCUGUUCAUUGCUUCAGUGAAGAGGCUCUACAUUGCACAGGAUCCUAGAACGCCUGCAAAGCUACGACAAUAGCAACGUUGCAAGCUGACCCUGAAGGCCUAAACUGCAGUACCGCAACUGAGAGGUCGAGAAAGAUUACUGUUUUUAUCACGAGGAAAUGGAAGGGAAACAUAUGGCACAUGAUGGAUGACAGGGAACAUCAUAUUCAGAGAGGCGAAGAAGCAAGAGACAAUAUGUCAUAUGUGCUAGUAGUUUUUAGCAUGAUUUUUAGUUAUUUACCCUGGCGUGUUUGAGCUAGUGCUCAUAUUAGACUACUAAUUCCCUCCCCCCCCCCCACUCCAAAAAAAAAAAUGAAAAAAAUAUCUAGACUACUAAUGUGGCUAAUGUAGAAAGUUUUGCUUGUGUAAUUGAAUAGUACUAGUAUCUUUUUUGACCUGUUGUAUAAUUGAAUAGAUGGUGCAGUAGAUAGUGCUUGUAUGUGUGUGCGGUGGGUUGUAAAUGACACUGGUUGCAAUAAAUUGAAUAUCUGUUUCUGAAA